UAGCUAACAUGUUUGUUAAAAUGAAUGGAAGAAGUUGUUGAUGGUUACUGGGGAUAAACCAUAAAGAUAUAAUUAAUAUUAUUAUGCUAAUUGACCCAGGAUUAUCAUCAUGAUACUCUCAAUACACUGAGCUCUGGUAAAACUAAGUUUCGUCAUGUCGUUCCCUCAGCCCAGACCUCAGGCUCCACAGCUGCCUCAACAUCUGCUCAGGACCAUCGACUGUCAGCAAGCAGCUGUCAGGGCUGUUCGCUUCAACGCCGAUGGGAACUACCUGCUGACUUGUGGCAGCGACAAAUCUCUAAAGCUGUGGAGCGUGAGCCGAGGGACCCCGCUGAAGACGUACAGCGGUCAUGGAUACGAGGUUCUGGAUGCGGACAGUUCCUAUGACAACAGCCAGCUCUGCUCCUGCAGCUCUGAUAAGACGGUGAUCCUGUGGGACGUCGCCACCGGCCAGGUCACGCGCAAGCUCAGAGGUCACGCCGGGAAAGUCAACUGUGUCCAGUUCAACGAGGAGGCAACUGUCAUCCUGUCUGGGUCCAUAGAUGGGACCGUUCGGUGCUGGGACACGAGGUCCAGAAGAUUUGAACCCAUCCAGGUUCUGGACGAGGCUCGGGAUGGUAUCAGCAGCCUGAAGGUCGUACAGCACGAGCUGCUUACCGGGUCGGUGGACGGCAGAGUGAGGCGCUACGACCUGAGAAUGGGACAGCUGCAUGUUGACUUCAUCAGCAGUCCCAUCACAUGUGUGUGUUUCAGUCAGGAUGGUCAGUGCACUCUGAGCUCCAGUCUGGAUUCAACAGUCAGGCUGCUGGACAAAAGCACAGGGGAGAUGCUGGGAGAGUAUAAAGGACAUAAGAUGAAGGGCUAUAAGCUGGACUGCUGCCUGUCCAGUAAAGAUACUCACGUCCUGAGCUGCUCUGAGGACGGACACGUCUACUGCUGGGACCUGGUGGAAGGAUCUCUAACCUUGAAACUGCCCGUGGGUAAAGCCGUCGUCCAGUCGCUGUCCUUCCAUCCCACAGAGACCUGCCUCGUCACAGCCAUGGAGGGCCGUGUCCAGGUGUGGGGCGCCGAGCCGGAGGAGACGGAGGAGGACGGGGCGCCAACGUAGAGACGGUGAAAGUAGUCAAGUCGCAGUUACAUGCAGAGAGGAUCCACUUUUCUGUUAUUACAAUACAAACGAUCUGUGAAACAGCAUCACUGUAAAAUCAUCCCAAAUGUAUUUGUUGUGUGUGCGAGCACAGAGACGGACGUUUGGUACCAGAAUACACAGAUAAACAGCAGCUGUAAAUGUACAGCUGACUUGUCCGCUUGAUUAUCAGUCUGUAGUUUUGACUGUUAGCUUACUGAGAUUUAGUUCCCUGGACAGGAAAGCAAAUGCUGAACAUACCAGCUGACACAAAUGAUAUAAAGUGUUUCAUAAUAAUUUACAGCUGUACAGAGUACAUGAUCUGGAAGUGAAUCUAAUUUUUGUUAAUAAGUGAAUCAAGACAGUAAAAGAAAUGUUUUAGGAUAUUUGUACGUGUGCAAAACAUAUAUUUUUGUACAAAACCUUCAAUAAAUGUUUUCUUGUAAAAGUUUCA